AUGGCAACUAUAAGUGAAGAAUAUCAGGAUUAUAAAAAUGCACUAGAUAAUUUAAGAAUUAAUAGUAAACCAUUAAUUAAUAUGCUAACAAUAUUAGCCGAAGAAAAAGUUAGUAGUGCAUCAGAUAUUGUACGAGCAGUUGAAGAACGAGUACUUGAGGCUGCAGCCGAUCAAACGUUACCAGUUCUAUACGUUCUUGAUUCAAUUGUUAAAAAUCUUCGUACAUCAAAUUAUGUUCAGUUGUUUGAAAUAAGGUUACCACAAAUAUUCGCAACUGCAUUCAAUAAAGUCGAUGAACGAACUCGAUCCGCUAUGUUUAAACUUCGUCAAACAUGGGCACCAUGUUUCAGUAAUUUAUCAUUGUAUAAUUUGGAUACAAAAAUACAUCAGAUUGAUCCAGCUUGGCCAAUAACAGCCAAAGUACCAGAAGUAGCAACUGGUCAAACAAUACACAUUAAUCCAAAUUUUCCACCAAGAUCUAACACAACACCAACUACAAUAUCAACACCAUCAUCCGAAGAAAUACGAUUAACCGAAUUUCGUAAUCAGUUGACAAAAAUGCAAAAAAAUGAUAUUGAAAAUAUUUCGACUCGAACAAGAAAUCAACAAACUCAUGAUAUAAAUCAACAUGGUGCUAUGCCACAUCCAAAACCAGCUGAUUUCGAGCCAUCACUUACUAACGGACAGCAACCAUCGUAUCGUAUGAUUCCCAUUGAGCGUAUGCAAGAAAUACGAGAAAAAACUGAACAUGUGUUGAAUACGGGUCUUGAUGGUGAACUCAAGAAGAAGAAAAAACGUAGAAAGAAGAAGAAACCUACGCGACUUCGACGUCGGCCAUCACAAACAUUACCACAAAUUGAAUUGAUCAGUCAAUCGUCGUCGGAAGAAGGAACAGACGAUGACGACGAUGACGAUCAACCACUAACUAUUCAUCAUAAUAUAAAUGGUACUACAGAAUCUAAACUACAUCUAAGUGUCACAACGGUUAGACCGGCCGAUAGUACGAGUGGUGGGACAGAUCACGAUUUGGCAGAAUUGUUCGGCGGUAAAGAUAUUGAUUAUCGUGAUACAAGCAAACAACAUAAAUCAACAGCAAAUCCAAUAGAUGCUCAACUUGUUUAUGAAACGAAUGCCAAACGUUUAUCACUAGCUGAAAAAAAAUUUAACGCAAAAGAAAUGUCAUUAAAAGAUUAUCAAGGAACAUUAGAAGUUUUGAAGCAAAUACUAGAAAUUGAAGUAAAAAGAUUAACAACUGAAGAUGCCACAGCGAGUUACACUUUUGGCACUCAUCAUCCUAUAGCAUCAACACAUCCCCAUCAUGUUCAAUCUGGUCAUAUUUUACCAUCACAAAUACCCAUAGUGCCUAUGCAAAUACAGAGUCGUUUGACGCCUUCUGCAUUUGGCCAAUAUUAUCCAGCAAUGUCUGAUGACAUUCGAACUCAUGUAAUGCAAAUAUUAAACUCAGUUGGACCUAUAAAUCCUCAAAUAAUGCCAACGGGAUUAAACAAUUUAUCAUCUAAUAUACUUCCUAUUCCCAUUCAUCCAACAUUCCAACAACAACAACCACCAAUAGUUCCUCAAUUACCUCCACUAAUUCCUCCACAAAUCGCCGCAACUUUAGCAACAUUAGCUCAACAGCAACACUUUAUUCCUCCUCGUCCUCAGAUAAACCCAACAAUACCUACAUGGCCACAAACAACUACAGCACUAGUAAAUCAAACACCUGUUAGUAUAAUAGCAUCAGCGGUUGCUAGUUUAACAAAAGCAUCGUCAACUAACGGUGCUCUGGUACGUAGUACAAAUUCUCCACAAAAUCCAUCAUCAAAUACUCCACCACCAACAUCGACGGUGCAAAACACAUCGCCUACACUCGAUGCUACGAUUCAGCAAUUAUUUCAAAACGAUCCAAUCAUUGUUAAACGUUUACAAACAUUUUUUGAUCACAUUCAUCAACGUGAACUAGAGCGUUUGAGAUCAAAUUUGCCACCGAUUACGACACGUUUAUCACAUGAUCCAAAAGAGAGUAUCAUCGAAAUUGACGGAAAAACGUAUGGUGUCCGAGUGAAUCAUUCUCAUUGUAUUACGUUGUACGGACAGAAAUAUGAUUUCUACUGUGACUUAUCAUCAAAACAAAUUCGAAUUAAUAACAAACAUGUGUUUACAAUGGGUGAUAAAGAACAUCGAAUUAAACUGCCAGAUAGUGGUGGGCGUGACAUAUUGAUGAUGUACAUGGGCCGACAAGUCGAUGUUUGGCUGGAUUCGUAUCCGUAUGAGUUGCGAACUGAUACACCACCCAAAUAUUUGAACGUGAACAAUCGAAACAUUCGAAUUCAGAUUGACAGUAGUAAAAACGAAAUUUACAUCAACGAGCGAUAUGUGGCUAAUCUCGACGAUCAACCUCGACUCAUACAAGUGACACAUCAAGAUAAUUCGACGACGCAGCAUGAAAUUCGUUUUACACCACCUCCUAAAACGAUCAUGAUUGACGGUCAACCAAAGACAAUGCGUUAUGAUCUGAAAUUUCCGUGCAUCGAAAUCGACGGCAAAUUUUUUGGUAUUCGUUUUACCGGUCCUCCACGUGAAAUAUAUGUCGAUAAUACUGCUCAUCGUGUUCCAUUCGAUAGUUCUUCUACUCGAAUUCAUCUCGGUAAACGUGCACAUGAAAUCGCCUGGGGUGGACCAGGGUUUGAGGUAAUAAUCGACGGACGACCAUAUGAAAUUCAUUUUGAUCAAUUGCCACGUGAAAUAUACAUCGGGGGACGACCACAUUUCAUAUCGAUACAUGGUCAACCGCCUGAAGUUAAAAUCCUCGAUGAAUUACCAUUUUUAGACACCAAAGGUGGGGUUGGAGCAUUAACGGCGCUCGUUCAGCUGUUCAAUUCGAGACAACAAACCUUAAAUAUCCAAGAAAUUGAAAUGUUUCUGAAUCUACUGAGAUCGGGCUUGUUAACACCAGACGAUACAACGUUAUUGUUUAGUAAUAAUGAUGACAAUAGUAGACGAGGAGUAGGAUCAAGACCCAGUCCAAAACGUUUGCAUGACGAUGAUGAACAAUAUUUUGAUGGUGAAAAUGGUGAUAGAAAACGAAUGAAAUCGAGUGAAAAAUUUGAUGAAGACAAUUAUGCAACGAUACCUGACUUAACCGAGGCAAAUCUAACAAUGUUAAAGAAAAAACAUGUUGGAAUUGUUCAGCAAUUGUAUUUGGGAAUAUUUCAAUGUCGUCUUUGCGGAUUGAGAUUUACAUCAAAACAAAAAUUGUUGUAUACACAUCAUCUCGAUUGGCAUUAUCGUGAAAAUCGUCAAGAAAAAGAGCUAGGAACAUCAUCGUCAUCAUUUUUGCUACAACGUAGUCGAGGCUGGUAUUGUACGCUACAAGAAUGGACAGAAUAUGAAGAAACGGUAGAUGAAAAUGAGCUACUAAAUCAAAAUUCAUUAGCAUUGAACCAAAAUCAAAAUGAUGGGACUGGUGAUUAUACAAAUACUCUGGAUAUGAGUUUCCUUACUAAUGGCACAACCGCGGGUAUUACCAAUGAUACAUUACUGGCAUUAGAGAAUGCCGGUGGUACUGUUUCAUGUCCAGCCGCAAGUGAUCAAGAUGAUACUACAGACAAUCAUAUGGGAAUUACUUCAAAGAAUACUGAUAAUAACAACAACGAUAAUAGUACGACAACUGUUCCGAUAGAUAUUGUAUUAUCUACGCCCACGCCACCAUCGCCUUCUACUGGUACGAACAACACAAAUACGUAUAUAUCAUCAAUGUCAUUUGUUGAAUUAGUGGAAAAUAUUUUUAUUAAAAAAGAAGAUUUAAUUAGCAAAUCUUCGCCACCGACAGCGUCAACAGUCAAUUCAAAUAAUAAUUUAUUUAGUGCAGUGAAAGAAGAACAAACGACAUUAGAAGCAACAAUGGAUUUUGAUUCGUUUUCCUUAACGACAGUCAUAGAAUCCGAAGAUGAAAAAAUUAGUGAAAUAGCACAAAUAGUCAAAAUUGAACCUGUAUCAAAUGAAUAA